AUGUCCCUUGUCCGCCCAUCCCAGCCAGUGGCGGUGCCAGUGCCAAACGGCAAAGAGCACCCAAAUCCUGAACCUACGGUAGAACGCACCGUACCUCUCUCCUACGGGCAAUCGCGCUUCUGGUUCCUGUCGCAGCUGGUCCCAGAUCAGACCGCAUUGAACAUCACCUUCCGCGCACGGCUCAAUGGCCCCUUGCGAUAUCGACGGCUGGCUGCCGCCGUAGCAGCCGUCGGGAGACGACACGAGGCCUUGCGCACGGCGUUUGCCACAGAUGCCCAGCAUGGCGGUCCCAUGCAGGUCGUCCUUGCCGCAUCGCCUCUGUCUCUGGAAUACUGCCGGGUCACGAGCGAGGACGAGGUGGAGAAAGAGUACAGGGAGCUCAAAGCGCACGUCUACGAUCUCGAAACCGGACGCACCAUGCGCAUCCGCCUGCUCUCGCUUUCGCCCCUGGUUAACUUCCUGCUGGUCGGAUACCACCAUAUCAAUAUGGAUGGCGUCAGCUUCGAGGUGCUUCUCGGGGAGCUGGAUCUGCUCUAUAAGGCCGGCUCUCUGCCUGACCAGGCGCUACUGCAGUACCCUGACUACGCAGUGCGCCAGCGAGCCGCGAUAUCAAGCGCCAGGGGCACCAUGGACGAGGCCGCGGCGUUCUGGCGGCGCGAGCUCCACGAUGCGCCAGGCGCACUGCCCAUCCUCCCUUUUGCAGCUGCGUCUGCCUCCCGCCCAACCACUCCGAGCUACUCGAAUAUCCGUGUGGACGCGCGCAUCCCGGCCUCGCUGAACAGCCGCAUUCGCGCCGUCGCGGCAGCGAACAAGGUGUCGCCGUAUACCUUCCACCUGGCCGUCUACGCCACCCUUCUCUCCCGCCUCUUCAGCACCACCGACCUGAUCAUCGGCGUUGGGGAUAGCGGGCGCUCGGAUCCCGAUGCCCGAGGCAGCAUUGGGCUGUUCCUGAACAUCCUGCCGCUGCGGCUGCGGCUGUCAAACAAAGACCCUGAUACUGAUGGGACACCGUUCGUGCACCUGCUGAAGAACGCUCGCAGGACCAUGCUCGCGGCGUUGGCGCACUCGGCGUACCCCUUCGACGCCAUUCUUGACCUUGUUCAUGCGUCCCGCUCAAGCACGCACAACCCGCUCUUCCAGGCGUUCAUGAAUUACCGCUCGAGUGUAAAUGAGAAACGGACGUUUGCGGGCUGCGAGGCGCUGGGCGAGGAGUACGCGGCUGGAGGGACGGCGUACGAUAUCACGGUGGAUGUGCUGGAGGGCAACGAGAGCGGGUCGCUGGUGAUGCUCUCCGUGCUGGAGGGGCUGUAUACGAAGGACAAUGCGCGGGUGUUGCUGGAGAUGUACAUGCGGCUGCUGGAUGUGUUUUCGGCGGAUGUGAUGGCUGAUGUGCACACCGUCUCGCUGUUUGCGAAGGACGAGGUCGAGCGGGGGUUGCGGAUGGGGCGAGGGUCCACAAUGCGCUCGACCUGGCCGGAAACGCUUAUCCACCGCGUCGACGACAUCACGUCCCAGAGCCCCGACGUCCUUGCCCUAAGCGACGGCAGCGGCGCGGUGACCUACGCCCAGAUGGCGCUCCGCACUACCCAAAUCGCCUCUGUGCUGCAGCAUUCGGGGAUCAAACGGCGCUCCCUGGUUGCCAUGUACGUCGAGCCCUCGGCCGACGCCGUCUGCUGCAUGCUCGCCACCAUGCGGCUGGGCGCCGUCUACGUCCCACUGGAUGUGCGGAGCCCAGCGUCCCGACUGGCGACGAUAGUAACCGACUGCAUGCCAGCGGCGCUGCUCACGGAUGGGAAGAGCGACGCGGGGGCACUGGGCGCCAACUGCCCCGUCGUCAGCAUUGCCAAUCUUGCCUCGACCACUUCGACCGUGCCCAUCUCCACGACGGCCACCGACACCGCCGCCCUCCUCUACACCAGCGGCACAACCGGGACCCCCAAGGGCGUCAAGCUGACGCACGCGGGCCUACGCAACCUGAUGGAGGGAUACGUGAUGAGCUAUGGGAUUACCGCGCACAACGUCCUGCAGCAGACGGCGCUGAGCUUCGACUUCUCCCUCGAGCAGAUCUUCACGGCGCUGGCGCUGGGCGGGACGCUGGUGAUUGUGCCGCGCGAGAAGAGGGGCGAUCCCGCGAGUAUUGCUAGGACCAUCCGCGAGUCCCAUGUCACAUAUGCGGCUGGGACCCCGUUGGAGCUGCUGUCGUGGGUCCAGUAUGGGGCGCCGGAUCUAAAGGCGUCAGAUCUCCAGGUCGUGGUUGCCGGCGGCGAGCAGUACACGCCGGACCUGUACCGUGCACUGACGGGGUUGGGCAAGGGGCUGCAAUUGCUGAACAUCUACGGGCCCACGGAGGUUACGGUUGCGUGUAGCAAGAUCGAGCUUACGGAGGCAGAGGCGAUGGGACGGGGUCGCAUCCCCGCCGGGUUCACACUUCCCAACUGCGCCGUGUACAUCCUCGACCAUGCCCUGAACGCCCUGCCGCCAGGAUACCCCGGCGAGGUCUUCAUCGGCGGCGCCGGUGUCGGCGGAUACCUGGACGACGCCCUCACGGCAGCGCGAUUCCUGCCUGACCCGUUCGCCUCGGAGUUUGCGCAGUCUCACGGCUGGACGCGCAUGUACCGCACAGGGGACCGCGGGAUGCUGCGCGACGGGGCGCUCGUUAUCCUGGGCCGGAUGGACGGCGACACGCAGGUCAAGAUCCGCGGGAUCCGCAUCGAGGUGGAGGAGGUUGAGAAGGCCGUCUUGCAGUGUGCUGGGGGCCGGCUGGCCGGGGUGGUUGUGACGCCGCGUGGAGAGCCACCGGCGUAUCUGGUCGCGCAUGUUGUGUUUACUGACCAGUCGCCAGGGAUACUUCCUACAGAGGAGCACGCGUCGUUCCUUAAGACGCUGCGCCGUGCCCUUCCCCUGCCUGAGACCAUGCGUCCCGCCGUGAUGGCUCCCAUCCGCGCACUCCCUCUCAACGCGCACGGCAAGCUGGACCGGAAGUCUCUCGCCGCGCUCGAGCUUGAUAUUCCACCGACGCUAGACACCAAUGGGGCGAGUAACAUCCUGACCCCUGCCGAAGCUCAAUUGAGAGCCCUCUGGGAGCGCGUCAUCCCGCCGGAUAUCCUGGGCUUCCACAGCCUGUCCCCAGCCUCGGACUUCUUCCAGGUCGGCGGGAACUCGAUGUCGCUGGUUGCUCUUCACGCGCUGAUCCGGAAGGAGCUUGACGCCCCGAGCUCGCUGACCCUCGCGGCGUUGUUCCAGAGCAGUUCGCUGGGCAAGAUGGCGGACGCGAUUACCGGUAGUGCCACCACCAAGAACGGCAGCAUUGCCGCCAAUAACGACAGCCAUACUCGCAACAUGGAUACAGACGAGAUCGACUGGACGGCCGAGACAUCCCUCCCCUCCCUCUCCCUCCCAGCCCCAGUCCACCCCCCACGCACCAUAGCCCUAACCGGCGCAACGGGCUUCGUCGGCCGCCACAUCCUGCGCAGACUCCUCGCCUCCCCGACGACACAAGGACUGCACAUCCACUGCCUGGCCGUCCGGAACCCUACCUCCCUAACCCCCUUCUUCUCGCACCCACGCCCAGACAUAAAAAUCACAAUCCACGACGGCGACCUCGCAUCCCCAACCCUCGGCCUGUCCCCAUCCACCUUCGCCGCCCUCUCCGCAUCCCUUGACUGCAUCAUCCACAACGGCGCCGACGUCUCCUUCAUGAAGAGCUAUGCCUCCCUGCGCGCGGCAAACGUCACCUCCACAAAGACGCUGAUCAAGCUCGCGAUGCAGGCCGGCCGCGCCGUCCCGCUGCAUUAUGUGUCCAGUGCGGUGGUGGGGCGGCUCAUGCUGGCUCAAACUUCUUCUUCUUCGACAAGCAAUGCAUCGUCUCCGUAUUUGGAUGCGGAAUUCCCACCCGUCUCGGUUUCUUCGUUCCCCCCGCCCCCGGGAUACAGCGAUGCGUAUGGCAUGACCAAGUGGGCUAGCGAGGUUGUGCUCGAGCGCGCGAACAAGACCGUCGGACUCCCCGUGGUGACUCAUCGCUUGUCGAGCGUGACGGUGCCGGCUAUGCUGGGGCCUAUCUUUACGGGUAUCCCAAAUAGCAACGGCACCGCACGCAAGUCGCAGCUCCCUGUACGUACUGUCAACGGCAACGGCAACGGCAACGUCAACGGCACCGGCACCGAAGAACGCGAAGACCCCGAAGGCAACGAAGAAGAUAUCCCCCCGCUCGACCUAAUGCACAACGUCCUCCGCUUCUCGCGCCUCCUACGCGCCGUCCCCGUAAGCGAGCACUGGACCGGGAGCCUUGAUUUCGUGUGCGUGGGGACCGUGGCGCGGGGGAUCGUGCGGGAGAUCGAGAAGGGUAGUCCAAGGAGAGGUGAAGCGGGCGUUCCGGUUCAGUUCCGGCAUCACUGCGGCGACGCCGUGGUCCCGCUUACGGAGCUGAGGGCGCUUUUAAUGGAUGAGGAUGCGGGCGAAUCGGAGGUGCAGGAGGUGCCCCUGGGUCAGUGGAUCAGCCGGGCGAGGGAGGCGGGCAUGAGCGGGCUUGUUGCGGCGGUGUUGGAGGGCGUUGAGGGGGGAGAGGGCGUGCUUGUGUUUCAGAGACUGCGGAGGGAGUAG